AUGACUCCACUAUUGUUAUGGUUUUUCUAUCAGGGCUUUGUUUCCAUAGUAUAAAUAAAUGCUUCUUCUUUGAUGGAUUUCAGGAACCUGAGAAGCAUGUAUUAUUCCAUUUGGUGACCGAUAAGCUGAACUUUGGAGCCAUGAAUAUGUGGUUUCUGUUGAACCCACAUGGAAAAGCCACCAUCCAUGUUGAAAAUGUCGAUGACUUCAAAUGGUUGAACUCAUCCUACUGUCCAGUUCUCUGUCAUCUCGAGUCUGCUGCCAUGAAAGAGUACUAUUUCAAGGCAGAUCAUCCAACAACUCUCUCAGCUGGUUCUUCAAAUAUGAAAUACAAGAAUCCAAAAUAUCUUUCAAUGCUGAACCACCUGAGAUUCUACCUUCCACAAGUUUAUCCCAAGUUGGAUAAGAUCCUCUUUCUUGAUGAUGACAUUGUCAUCCAGAAGGACUACUACCUCCUUCCACCUGAGAAGAGAAAGUUCCCAAGAAGCGAAAAUUUGGAAAAUCCAAAUCUUUAUCACUAUGCUCUUUUCUCUGACAAUGUCUUGGCUGCAUCGGUCGUUGUCAACUCAACCAUCAUGAAUGCCAAGGAACCUGAGAAGCAUGUAUUCCAUUUGGUGACCGAUAAGCUGAACUUUGGAGCCAUGAAUAUGUGGUUUCUGUUUAACCCACCUGGAAAAGCCACCAUCCAUGUUGAAAAUGUUGAUGACUUCAAAUGGUUGAACUCAUCUUACUGUCCAGUUCUCCAUCAACUCGAGUCUGCUGCCAUGAAAGAGUACUAUUUCAAGGCAAAUCAUCCAACAACUCUCUCAGCUGGUUCUUUAAAUAUGAAAUGCAGGAAUGAGUGGGCACAUGGAGGAAGCCACAUGUUUACAUUUUAGUAAGCAUAGCGGCUACUCAUCCAUCUCUUGCCCCAACGAAAGAUCAAUCCGGAUUGCAAAUCAUGAUAAAGAAGAGCAGUUCCACCAUCUCUCAUCCAUAUAGUCCAUUCUGCAAAAUAUUCAUUCACCUUUUUCCACAUAUUGGUUAUUUUCUUCUUAUGUAUAGUUCACAUUGAUUCAUUCCCCCUUGUAAAGAAAAAAUGAUGCUGUUUUCCUGUGGAGCAGGGUAUGAAGUUUGAUACUGUCUAUGCCUCACUAAUGUGAGUUCUCAGUUGUAUAUUUUGUGAGGGAUCUAGUGUUGGUUUUAAAGUGAAGUUUACCAUUAGUUCAUUGAAAACGCAUAACUAAUUUGUAGAAUUGACUUCUAA